GGCGCGUGUACCCUACAAGGUUCCUGUAUGUUUUCUAACAGGUUUAUUAAUGGAAAUUACUCUGUCAGUGGGUUAAUGCUUCAUUGCUACACCGAGGGAGUUUUUUCAUAAAACGGACAGAAUGGGGUCUCGAAUCAAGGAUAGCCCUGAGAAGAUCUUUGAGGUAUACAUGGAAGUGGGACAUUUUUGGCCUUCAGGAACAAAGGUGGGCAGGAUUUUCCCUGAGAACUAUGCUGAUCAGGAAACACUGCAGAUGGUGCCCAAGUUUUGUUUUCCUUUCAGCAUGGACAGUGAGCCAGUGGGGCAGAUUGGCCAAAAUUUUACAUUUGUUCUGACUGAUCUUGACAGCAAGCAGCGCUUUGGCUUUUGCCGGCAAUCAUAUGGCGCUCAAAGCUGCUACUGUAUCCUCAGCUAUCUACCAUGGUUUGAGGUGUUCUACAAACUUUUAAAUGUGCUGGAUGACUUCACUAUUAGAGGACAGGAAAGUCUGAGGAAAGAGUUGCUGGAGUCUUUACAUUCAUCACCUAUUCCUCUUCCUGGAGUAUUUCUCAAUGUGCAUGCCUGUUUUACUGUGCCUGAUCUAAGGAAGUUGCCAAGUAUUCCUGAAAAUUGGAACCUAACAGAAUAUUUUGUAGCUGUUGAUGUCAGUAACAUGCUUCACCUCUAUGCGAGCCUGCUUUUUGAACGAAGAAUCCUUGUCAGCUCUAGCAAACUGAGCACUUUAACAGCAUGUCUUCAUGGUGCUGCAGCCAUGUUGUAUCCCAUGUACUGGCAGCAUGUAUACAUCCCAGUGUUACCGCAGCAUCUAAUAGACUACUGCUGUGCUCCUAUGCCAUAUUUUAUAGGAGUUCACUCCGGCCUAAUAGAGAAGGUGCAGGAAAUGGCUCUGGAUGAUGUUGUCAUGUUUAAUGUGGACACCAACACACUAGAGACUCCAUUUAAUGAUCUACAGAGCCUUCCAAAUGAUGUGGUUUCUUCACUAAGAAGUCGUCUGAAAAAAGCUUCAAUGACAAGGGGAGAUGGUGUAGCCAGAGCAUUUUUAAAAGCACAGGUAGCGCUGUUUGGCAGCUACAGAAACGCUCUACGCAUAGAACUGGAGGAGCCAAUCACAUUCAAUCAGGAUGCAUUUAUUACGCAUAGAUCCAGUACAAUGAGACAAUUCCUCCAGAAUGCUACACAACUUCAGCUGUUCAAAGAAUUUAUAGAUGGACGUUUGGACCUCCUAAACUCUGGUGAAGGCUUCAGUGAUGUGUUUGAGGAGGAAAUUAAUAUGGGUGAAUAUGCUGGUAGCGAUAAAGUAUAUAAUCAGUGGCUUCUCACAUUUAAGAAAGGUGGUGGGGCCUUCCUUAACUCUGUGAAGACAAAAGCGAAUCCUGCUAUGAAAACCGUCUACAAAUUUGCCAAAGAUCAUGCAAAGAUUGGCAUUAAAGAAGUAAAAAGUCGUCUUAAACAAAAGGAUCUGAAUGAGAAUGGCUACUCAUGUAGCAAGGAUGACCCUGGCUUUACCCAUUUAGCAUCCACUCACAACAAGAUUUUGCAUACCUGGGAACAGAGGCCAAUUGCAGUGCACUUUGGAGAGUCUCACAUUAGGCCAUUAGCAGCCAGGAAAAUGAACAGCAACAUGGAAACGGAAAGCCACCCUGAACUGCCUCUCCCAUAUAGACCUCUGAGGGACACAGACUUUCCUGAGGAUGAAGAGGAAAUGGGGGCAGAGUAUUUCAAGGACAGCACAAUUCUGCCCAACCCAAUAAUUAACAAAUUCUCUGAACUAAGCCUUCUAGAUGAUUCCAUCAGCAGCCAGCAGGGGGGAGCAACACAUACCAAACCUAAAACGGAAACAGUGUUCAACUCAGCAUUGAGUCUUGAUAAACUAAGCUCUAUCAUUGAACCCAAGGAGCAGCAACAUGGUCACUUUAAGUACCAGCGUAUGGAGCUCAGCAGUGAUGAACAUACUCCUGAACCUCUUCUGGGUCUGAAGCACUCCAACUACUGCAAGUUUUGGAGCCAAAGGGUACCAGGUCCUGAAGAAGAUUUUGACAGAGAUCCUUCUUGUUUGGAGAGGCCACUGUCUUUGCCAUCUCUGGAGCCCUUCAGUCUAGGCCACGAAAGUAACCUAACCAGCAAAUAUAGGACAGAAGUGGGGAGCAUACCAACUUACCCUCAGGUCAACAAAACACCAAAACCUGGUCUGAGACAGGAGAUGAGUGUGGGAGGACAGGAGUUUUGUCAGGCCAUCAAUAUGUCACCAUCACAGUCCUGUCAAUCCAGUGCAGAUACGGGGCCUGACCUGCUGCACUUGCUGGACCCUCUAAGUGGAGCAGAAGAGUCUACACGGCCAGCUCUAAUUCCAUUUCAAUCUUCGCUGUUCCUCAGCACCUUUACACAGCCCCCCCAUUACGUUAACCAGAAAUACUACAGUCCUCCUCUGCCAGGUAACCCCUUCAGCCCCACAUAUGUCUCUUCACAAAAUGCCACAUACUUUCACACCCCACCUUUGUUAGUGUUUGGCCAAGCUUCCCAUAUUGAUGGAACACAAAAAAGCAAUGCAUGGUCAGCUGGCAGAGCUUCACCGGCCACCAGCAGCAAUAGUUCACUAUAUGACCUGUUAGAUUCUCCAGCUCCACCUUCUAUAGCCCAGGUUCUGCCCCCCACCCACAUAGUAGGUAAGACUAAUGACCCCUUCAGUGACCUUCUUACCAUGGCAAAAGCUUCCACUGUUAUGCCCACUCACCCUAACAAAAAAGAUAAUUUGCAGCCUAGAUGGGAAACUUUUGACUAGCAAAAUCAUGUCUGAUGGCUAAUCAAGAGCCAGUGGGUUUAUAGGUUUUUGAACAGUGUUUGCUGCUGGCCUGCAACCUACAAGAUUUAUUUAUCUCUCUUUGUGUGUGUGUUUGUGUGAGAGAGAGAGAAAGACAGUAAUGCCUAAUUUUAAUUACAUUUAUUUAGGAAAAAAUCAUUUAUUCGCAUUACAUUACCUGCUGUAUCCAAAAUGUUUUAAAAAAUGAUACCUAUGUAAUAUCAACCAGGCUGAUGGUUUCGUUUGCACAUGAAGUUUACAGCCUUACCCCAAUUUACCCCACACAGGACAUCAUGUCAAGUGUCAUGUCAAGCAUCAUGUCAAGCGUUUAAUCCACAUUGGACAUGUCUCUGCUACAUUGCACAGUGCUUUUAUACAAACUACAACCCAGGAAGCAUGUAAAUAAAAAUAAAAAUAAAAAAAUGCAGUGAUUUGGAA